CGAUCCGCACACGAUGAUCGUGGCAGACGAUCGAGAGCACCGUGUCGUCUCUGGUGGCAGUUAGUUGGCAGCAGUUCACGAACGCGUGUGGAUGUGACGGUCUUGCUUCUGGUGACUUUCGUGACUGUCUAGACACUAUUGAUCACAUACUCACUCACCUGGGAACCUGGAGGAGUUGGUUGGUUGGUUGGUUGGUUGGUUGGUGGUGAUGAAGUGAAGGCCCCCCCGAUACGCAAAAGGUCUGAAAGAAGACGCAAAUAGUAAUAGUACGCACGAUUAGUGGUUGUGUGUGAUUGAGUGAAAGUUAAUUGCUUAAAUUGGGGGUGUUUUUUUUUUGUUGGUGUUGGUCUGUGUAUGGAACGAUCGUACUUGAGUGAUCUUGCGGCUUGCGGUGAUUGUGUGUCUAGCGGACUGUGUAUGUGGCACUAAGUUUGGUGCGUGGUAAGCUAUGUCCGGUGUACGAUCGUCAGGUUCGCCUAUGCUCAUACUGGAUAUUAGUGGGGCCGGUCCCACCGGCGGUCCUGCAACCAACUCGUCGGCGUACCCCAUGAAGAAGCCCACACACACUACGGUGGCUUCGGUGAAGCUGGAACAGGAACGGUACGGUGACGAUGGUGAUAAGCAAGAUCACCUGAAUGGGACGUAUCAGCAGCACCAGCAGCAGCAGCACCAGCUUCACGUUCGUCCCUUACCCGAGCUACACCCGAUCCACCAGGGACAGCAUCAUCGGGAGCCCGAAACGCAACCGGUGCAUCAGAAUCCCGACUUUGGCGUACUGAUGGGACAACCGACGGUGAGUGUAGCGCCGGCCACUUCCCAACCUGCGUACGUGUACCAGAGCAGUACAGGCGAGAUGAACCCAAGCGGUCGCAUUCCCUUCCCCGCACUACAAUGCUACGGUGUCCAGGGGGCGUUGGAUGCGCAACCACAGCCACCCAUACUGGAGUCCCUUCCAUCGAUCCUGGCCACGUACUCCUCAUCCUGCGAGAGUGCCAAGAAGCGCCGGAUGCUGGAUGCGGACUACGAUUACGAGUUCGAUCAAAGCUCGCUAAGCCCGGAUGGAUAUCAGCCCGAGAAACGAAUACGGUACGAUGGGAACUACGGCGGUUGGGCUUACACUCCGAUGACGCCAGCGGGCCAGGAGUACAGCCACACGGCUAAUGGCGCCAACGGACCGAUUUCGUACGGUGGUCCCGAACUGGUAAUGGCACGCGGUAAUGGCCCACUCCCGGUCGCAUCCAUGAACGGGCUGGAUGAUGAGUCAUCCUCCAACGGUUCCUGCCACAUAAAUCCCUGCCACUGUGCACCAUCUCCCGGGAAAACGAUGAUGUGUGCCGCGGACAACAAUGGAGCGGGGUAUGAAUCGUCCGGCGUCGUCUAUUACUAUCACCCGGUCCACGAUCAGGAGCAAAUGCCACCGAACUCGCAUCAACUGCCACCGAUCGAUUCAACACCAACGCACAGCCCCAUCGGAGCGGACAGUUCCCUGUCGGUGUGUUCCAGCUCACCCGUAAAGCUGGACGAAUCGAGCUGUUCCGUCGGCAAGUAUGGGCAGGAGCGUGUGCAACCAACAACGGUUGCGAUGCUGGAACCUUCCAGCGGGCAAUCGGGAUUAUCUCCCACCAGCACUACCGGGCCGGGUCAGCAGGGAAACGGUGCGAUUGAAGCGCCAACACAGAGCAAAAACGCCGCCACAUUCGGAGCGGGACGCAAAGCACGGUCCGCGCGGGUUCGGAAACGGGUGCUGAAGGAGUCGGUUAGCUUCCAGGAGGUGCAAAACCAGCGGGUGAUUGCAAACGUGCGCGAACGGCAACGGACGCAGAGCUUGAACGAGGCGUUUGCAUCGCUGCGCAAAAUCAUUCCGACCCUGCCGAGUGACAAGCUGAGCAAGAUACAGACGCUGCGACUAGCCUCAAGGUACAUCGACUUCCUGUACCGGGUGCUGUCCAACAACGAGAUGCCGGCGAUGCGCGAAGAGCACAAAAACAUGGCCGUUUCAGGUGGUAACCUACAGUUCAGCGGCAGCGGUAUACUGGCGCACGAGAAGCUAAGCUAUCUGUUCAGUGUUUGGCGCAUGGAAGGUGACUGGAGCAACGGGUCGUCCGGUGGGGAGGGGAUCGGUGAGGUGGGUGAAACCGCGAAUGCCGGGGGCAAGGAAUGACUAGGCGGACGGUUCCGGUUUCGAUGAAGCCGGAACAGACGCGGAGGUGACGAUUUUUUUUGGCGAAGGAGCGUGUGCCAUUUCAUAGCGGUAAGGAUAAACGUUAAACGUUUUGGGGUUUGGGGUUUCCCAAGCAAAAAAGGUUUCCCCACAGUUAGGUUGGCUUUCCACAAAGAAAAGUAUUAAACAUUAAACAUUAAGAAAGGAUGGAAGCUAGUUAAGGUUAUUGUAUAACAUUUUUCCAACAGCUGUAGGAGGCAGCACAAACGCAGUAUGUGCAUGUAACGCGUAACGGCUAGUUUCCAAAGAGCAUUAUGUACGUUUGGUCUUUUAUUUUCAUCACCCUUGUUUCCGGUUUUAUAAUACCAAAAAAUGAGGACAAAAGCAAAGUAGAACAAAUUACUUUGGUGAACAAAAAUCCAAAACUGUAUCAAAAUCCCGCGAAGUACGAACGCACACUACAUUUCCAUACGUUUAAGAGGCCCAGUUAAGGGAUUUAACAUUAAGCAAAAGCUUCUUUCACUGAGAAGCAAACGAAUUGUUUUAUUGCAAAGGAAAACAAAAAUCUAAAUUAUGCAACGGUAGUGUAAGGAUCCUGCGUUAGCAUACAAUACAGUCUCGUCGAUUGAGAUGUAUUAGUUAUGAUUGAUGCUUAAAGAGGAUGUGCUAAGUAAAGUUAGACCGAUCAGCCACCGUUUGCAUCGAAUUCAAACAGUGAAGCUGAGUCGUGGCCGUUAGCAGCUUAAGCUUGAAUAGGUUUCGAGUACGAGUUUCUUAAUCGUUCUGCUUAGCUAUCAAGUUUCGUUUACUUCUCUGUUCUCUACUCUGUACAGUUUAGUGGUAAGCCUUUCAUCUUUUUUAAAAUGUUCUACUUUCCAUUUAAGAGUUUUGUUUUUAAUUAUUUCCAUGUUAUGUUUUUUUUUAUUUUCUCUUUAAAUUGAGCUAAUAAGAGCAAAGAAGAUAAGUAAAUGAAAACAUAAAAAGUUUUUUUUUGAAAUAAAACCUAAAAUUCCACAAUAAAUGUUAAGUAAGCUUCCGAUCGAAGCAAAAAUAGUUGAUAAGAAUAACGACAAACAAGCAGGAAUACAAAAUUGUAUGGAAAGAAAAGGGAGAGAACAAUAAAAUAUAGGAUUGAAAAA